AUGCCUCCCCCCCGUCGCCACAAACAGAUCCGUCCAAAGCAACCGGCUUUCGAGCCGCUCGACCCCGCCGCCGCAGAUAAGCAGGCCGUGGUUCACGGGCGUCGGCAAGCUCCUGGGGGUGGCUGCGAAUCUGUCUCGCACACGCUCGUCGACUCCAGCACCCCGUAUACUGGGCCGACUACGUCAGCAUCAGCCACCGGCUCCGGUGGGGCGAGUGUGUCCUCGCCGCCGCCGGACAAGCGUAAUGCGGCCAGCCUGGGUAGCGCGGCCAUCAUGUCGUGCGCUUGGGUGGUGGUGGCCACGGCCCUAUAUCUGAUGGCCUGA